AUGGUGCGGACCCUAGCAACAGUGUUCCGAUUCGCGUCCAACUGCCGGCGACUGCAAGGAUCAACGUUCCCCGCCGUGGAUGUGCCGUUGCGACAGGAGGAGUACCAGGCUGCAGAAACAGUUUUGUGGAAGGUGAUUCAGGCAGACGAGUUUGCCGACGAAGUGAGGACCCUGGUGAAGAACAAGGAUUCGACAGUACAUGAAAUGUCACUAGAGAGGUCGAGUAAGCUGUAUCGUCUUGCGCCGUUCCUGGAUGAGGAUGGUGUCGUGCGGAUGGAAGGUCGUACAGAAGCGGCGAAAUAUGCGGCAUUUGAUGCGAGGUUUCCGAUCAUUCUGCCGAAGGACCACGUGGUGACUCGAAGGUUAUUAGAACACUACCAUCGGCAGUAUGGGCACAGCAGCAGAGAAACCGUUGUAAACGAAGUUCGGCAGCGAUUCUACAUUCCGUGUCUCCGAGCGCUAGUAGAUCAAGUGAUGCGAGCCUGUGUGUGGUGCAAGAUUCAAAAGGCGAAACCAAUUGUUCCGAGAAUGGCACCCUUACCAGGGCAGCGUUUGGCGGCGAGGGUCGAUCCGUUUUCGUACGUCGGCAUAGACUAUUUUGGUCCACUGGAAGUGUCUAUUGGGCGAAUGAAGGAAAAGCGAUGGGUGGCACUUUUCACGUGCCUAACUGUGCGAGCGGUACAUUUGGAGGUGGCGUACAACUUGACGACUGAGUCGUGCAAAAUGGCGAUCAGGAGGUUCGUAAAGCGGCGUGGCAGUCCGAUCGAGAUCCUUUCGGAUAACGGCACGAACUUUGUCGGUGCCAGUCGAGAUCUGCUGAAGGAAAUAAAUCUAGCAUGUGCGGAUACCUUUACCGGUGCGAGGACUCGUUGGACUUUCAACCCACCGGCUGCCCCACACAUGGGAGGUGCGUGGGAGAGAAUGGUGCGCUCGGUGAAAGAGGCGCUAAAAACGUUCACAGAUGGUCGGAAGCUGACGGACGAGAUCCUGCAGACGGCACUGAUCGAGGCGGAGAACCUGAUCAACUCUCGUCCACUCACCUACGUGUCCACCAACGUGAAGGAAGACAAGGAAGCGUUGACGCCGAACCACUUUUUGCGUGGUCGUUCAUCGGUCGAGUGUCUGCCGUCGAGGAAUCCCAUUGACCUGGCCAACACGUUGCGUAGUAGCUACCAUCGCGCACAGUUCUUGGCGGAUGGAUUCUGGGAUCGUUGGCAGAGGGAAUACCUGCCGAUGUUAAACAAGAGGUCUAAGUGGUUCGUGGAUCAGCGACAAGUAGCGGUUGGAGAUUUGGUGUUCGUGGCAGAUGGAGAGAAGCGAAACGUCUGGGAGCGAGGCGUGGUGAAGAAGGUGUUCGUUGGGAGUGACGGAAGAGUCCGUUCAGCGUCCGUUCAGACAAGCAGAGGCGAGAAGGUCAGACCGGUAGCGAAGCUAGCCGUUCUGGAGGUCACUUCGAAGGAGUAA